AUGUUUAAACUUCUCGUUGUUUUAUCAUUGAUUGCUGCCAUUCAAGGCCAAAUUGCUGGUGGAUUCACAGAUCGUCCUGAUCUUCUUGAACAAUCAUCUACACGUUCUAUGAUUCGAUUAGCAGUUAACGAUUUACAAGCUAAACAAAAUCUUCUUGUAUCACCGGUUAAAGUACUCAGUGUCGCAACUCAAGUUGUAAAUGGAAUCAACUAUCGAAUUGUUUUCACAGCUCGCUCAAUGGGAUCUGAUAGUGUUCUUACAUGCACAAGCAAAGUAUAUCAACAAUUCACUGGUGUUCAAUCAGUUUCCUCAGUUAAUUGUGCUUAA